CAGGAGUUGGCAUCAGGUCGAGGUGUCGGAGUCUGUCUGAUUUACCUUGUAAUUAUUAGGUAAUCAAUAUCCUAUCAGAAAAUAAUAUUUCCGAUAAACCUCCUACAAUCCAUCAUGCCUCGGGUACAGAAAUCCGUGAAGCCAAGGCAUGAUCCUCUCCACGCACAACUGGAUGUCGAUGAGCAACAAGCGAAAUAUGGUCGCGUAUCUCAACCGGGGAAGCGCACGAAGCGGCAGAAAUCCUCUAGCGAUGAAGAGGGAGUUCUUGACCCAAAAAUGUCGAGAAGAAUAUUUGAGCUCGCAAGGGAUCAACAAGAAGAGAUCGACAUGCCCGAGGAUGAAAAUGAGCCUCGACAUGAGGAUGAACGCGAGAUCUUCAAGCCCAGAAUACAAUUCGCGAAUGAUGACGAGGAUAGUGACGUUGAUGACAUGAGUGAUAACGGCGACGCAGAGGAUAUGUUUCAAUUAGAUUCUGGAGAUAUCCAGGCAUUGGAUGCACUCCUGCCAUCUAACUCUGGUGAACGUCGAACAUUAGCAGAUAUUAUUUUUGCUAAAUUGGAGAGUGGGGAGACCAAUGGUGUCAAUGCCGUGCAGAAGGUGCAGCAAGAUCAAGAACAUCCUGAUCCAGCACUCGGUCUUGAUCCUAGACUCGUAGAAUCUUAUUCAAAACUCGCAAUCUUCCUGCACGGGUAUAAGUCGGGGCCAUUACCAAAAUUCUUCAAAGUUAUCCCCUCGCUCCCAGCAUGGGCAAGAGUCUUAGCGCUUACUCGUCCCGAAAAUUGGAGCCCUCAUGCAUGCAGAGCAGCAACACGAAUUUUCGUGUCUACGAUGAAGCCUGCUCAGGUUCAACUAUUUCUUUCCGUUGUCCUCCUGGAUGCAAUACGGGAGGAUAUACAAAGCAAUAAAAAGCUCAAUGUGCAAUAUUAUGAAUGCCUCAAGCGUGCAUUAUUUAAGCCUGCAGCAUUCUUCAAGGGUAUCGUGUUUCCGAUGUUGGAGAACGGCUGUACUCUUAAAGAGGCCGCUAUCAUUGCUUCUGUCGUUGCUAAGAAGAAAGUGCCUGUCUUGCAUUCGGCAGCAGCUCUACUUCGGAUAGCAAACAUGGACUAUACAGGACCAAAUUCUCUAUUUAUUCGCGUCCUGAUUGACAAAAAAUACCAACUUCCAUACAAAGUUGUUGAUGCCUUGGUGUUUCAUUUUAUUCGUCUUUCCAAUACUUACAAAGCCCGUGGGCGUGGUGACACCCAAAAGCUUCCAGUGCUCUGGCAUCAAAGCCUGUUAGCUUUCUGCCAGAGAUACUCGCCGGAUCUCACCCCUGACCAAAAAGACGCUCUCCUGGACGUUAUUCGCGUUAAUCCGCAUUUACAGAUCGGCCUCGAAGUGAGAAGGGAGCUGGUUAACUCGGUAGCUCGAGGAGAACCUCGACCCGACGUCGCGCAGGACGUAGACAUGUCAUGACGUGCCAUUAAUGAUGUGCCUUCUUUUGCCUUUUAUACAUAUAUUCGUUCUUUGAUUAUACUAGUCGCCCGAUUGACGAGCUGGCCUGGCCUAUCCUCAAAGGGCCAUCUUCGUCACUUGGACGAUUAAAUGAGUAUCAUGACUCAUGACCCUGAACGAGGU